UAUAUGUUCGUGCUACGACUUUAUAAUUCCAACAUCAGUGAUCAGGAAGUGACGUUCAUACAACAUAGUCUCCACGUAGCGCCUCAGCUUCUGACGAGCGUAGUUUUUCGUACGUCAAAUAUAACAGUUUGUGAAGCGUUCUUCAUUUAUACACAUUUUACACAAGUACAAUGGAUCAGGUGAAGAAACUUACCGAACCUGGACGUCAAUUUGCGAAAGAUAGUAUUCGUCUUAUUAAACGAUGCACAAAACCUGAUAGGAAGGAAUUUCAGAAAAUUGCCAUUGCCACUGCCAUUGGUUUUUGCAUAAUGGGUUUUAUAGGAUUCUUUGUCAAAUUAAUUCAUAUUCCAAUUAAUAAUAUCAUUGUGGGUUCAUAAACUCAUUGAAUAGGUAUAUUUAAGAUUUAAUAAGAUUAUAUUUCCUUCCCUCUUUCCAAAGUAUCUUUAUUUAUAAAAUGAAAUUAUGAAUUUUGUUUUGAAUUGAUUGUGACUGAGAUAUGAGAAUGUAAUAUUAAUAUUGAAUUCUAUAAUAAAAUGUGUGUGUAGUAUU